CAACAUGGCGGCCACUGGAGUGCUACCGUUCGUUCGCGGUGUUGAUUUUACUCGCAAUGACUUCCAGGAUGACAAGUUUCCAGUAGAGAUUGCUGAUAUGUCAGGAUUAAGAUGGCUGAGACUUAACAAAACAAAUUUGGAUAAAAUGCCAGAGGAAAUUUACAAACUGAAAAAACUGGAACAUUUUUCGUGCAUAAAAAACAACAUAAAAGAUCUUGGACAAGACAUGGCAAAAUUAACUGCUUUACGGACAGUUAAUUGUCGACACAAUAAAAUUACUGAUGAUGGCAUACCUGGUAAAAUAUUUGAUCUUGAAGAUUUGCAAGUUGUGGAUUUGAGUCACAAUCAGUUGGAAGAUGUUCCACCACAAUUAGAAAAUGCCAAGAAUUGUAUUGUGUUGAAUUUGGCUCACAAUAAUAUUUCCAUGAUUCCUAAUCAGCUGUUUAUCAACCUAACUGAUUUAAUAUUUGUGGAUCUAAGUGAUAAUGAUCUAGAAACACUUCCACCCCAGAUGAGAAGACUUACAAACUUACAAACAUUAAUACUGAACAAUAAUCCACUGAUACAUGCACAGCUAAGACAGCUUCCAGCUUUGACAUCAUUAGAAACAUUGCAGAUGAGAAAUACACAGAGAACACUUAACAACUUUCCAUUAGGUGUAGACACAUUAACUAACUUACAAGAUAUAGAUUUGUCUGGCAAUGAUUUGCCAAGAGUACCAGAGACUUUGUACAAACUGUCACCAUUGAAACGACUUAAUUUGUCCAACAAUCAGAUCACAGAGCUUUCUCUUGUUAUAGAUACUUGGGUGAAUUUAGAAACACUGAAUUUAUCAAGAAAUAAGAUAACAGCAUUACCGUCUUCUUUACACAAACUGGUAGCAUUAAAGAAGUUGUAUAUAAACAGUAACCAGUUAGAUUUUGAUGGUAUUCCUGCUAAUAUUGGUAAACUACACAAUCUAGAGGUGUUCAGUGCUGCUAAUAAUAAUCUCGAGAUGAUACCUGAGGGUUUGUGCAGGUGUGGAAAAUUGAAAAGAUUAUUAUUGAAUGGUAAUCGCUUGGUGACACUGCCAGAUAUUCUUCAUUUAUUACCAGAAUUAGAAACCUUAGAUGUUAGAGAAAAUCAAGGGUUGGUUAUGCCACCCAAGCCAGCUGAUAUGAAGAAAGGAAAUGAAUACUACAAUAUUGACUUCUCAUUGAAUACACAGCUGAGAUUAGCAGGUGCCCCUGCCCCACCAACAGCAGACCAGUCUCCUCCUCAAAAAGGAGAUGCAGUUGCAAGAAAAUUGAGACUUAGAAAAAGAAGAGAUGGAGAGAAAGAAAGUGAAAAAGUGUUAAAGGGUAUGAGAGAUGUAGCCAAGGAUAAGGCAGAGGGAAGUAUAGAUUUAGAAGAUGACAAUCCACUCCGGCCAAAGAAAUGGAAUGAGAAUUUAGAGAGACCACAUUUAGAUUACAGUGAGAUAUAUGAUGAAGAUGUCGGUCAAAUACCAGGGAUUCAGUGUUGGGAGAUAGAAAACUUUCUACCAAACCCAGUAGAAGAAGCAUUGAUGGGAAAGUUUUAUGAGAGAGAUUGUUAUAUAGUAUUGAAGACAUUUAUAAAUGAUUCUAAUGGUCUGGAUUGGCAGAUCUGGUAUUGGAUAGGCAAAACAACAACGCUUGAUAAGAAGGCUUGUUCAGCGAUACAUGCAGUAAACCUUCGUAAUUUACUGGGAGCAGAAUGUAGGACAAUUAGAGAAGAAAUGGAGGAUGAAUCUGAAGAGUUUAUGGACUUGUUUGAGAAUGGUGUGCAUUACAUAGAAGGGGGUAGGACUACCAGUGGUUUCUUUAGUGUAGAUACUGUUGAAUAUGAAACUAAACUAUACAGAGCUUCAGGGGCACAUGCUAUACACAUGGAAAGGGUUGAUGUUGGUGUCCGGUCAUUAGACAGAAGAUUUGUGUAUCUGUUGGAUAAUGGCAAUGAUAUAUUUGUAUGGGUUGGCAAGAUGGCAAGAGGAACAAUUAGGACCAAAACAAGACUGGUAGCAGAAAAGAUCAACAAAAAUGAAAGGAAGAAUAAGGCAGAAAUUCAUAUGGAGUCCCAAGCUAGAGAAGAGGCCGGAUUUUGGAAAGCUUUAGGAGCUCAACCAGAUGGUUUCAUUGGGGAAAUUGUACCAGAUGAUUUUGAGCCAGCAGAACCCAGGCUAUACAAAGUAGGCUUAGGAAUGGGAUAUUUAGAGCUACCACAGGUUGAGAUUCCAAAAGGAAGGCUUGUACAGAAAUUACUGGACACAAAAAAUGUGUAUAUACUGGAUUGUAAAUCUGAUCUAUUUGUAUGGAUAGGAAAGAAGUCUACCAGACUGAUCAGAGCUGCAGCCUUAAAACUAUCAUAUGAAUUAAACUCCAUGAUUGAUAGACCAGAUUAUUGUACAGUGACUAGAUGUUUACAGGGGACAGAAUCUCAGAUAUUCAAAACAAAAUUCUUUGGUUGGGAUGAUGUAUUACCUGUAGAUUUUACAAGAACAGCAGAAUCUAUUUCUAGGAGAGGAGCUGAUCUUAAGGUGAUUAUGGAAAGAGACAAGAUGAAAACUGAUCUCUCUGCAUUAUUUAUGCCACGACAACCUCCCAUGCCCAUGGAAGAAGCAGAACAGAUGAUGCAGGAUUGGAAUGAAGAUUUAGAUGGAAUGGAAGCCUUUGUGUUAGAAGGGAAGAAAUUUGUCAGAUUACCUGAUGAAGAAUUGGGUAUUUUCCACACAGAAGACUGUUAUGUGUUCCUGUGUAGAUACUGGUUACCUGUUGAGUAUGAUGAUGAUGAGGAAGAAGAUGAAAAUGAAGAACCACCAGAAGAAGAUUUUAAAUGUGUAGUCUAUUUCUGGCAAGGAAGAGAUGCAUCAAACAUGGGAUGGCUUACUUUCACUUUCAGUUUACAAAAGAAAUUUGAGGGUUUAUUUGGUGACAAGUUAGAAGUUGUGAGAACACACCAACAGCAAGAAAACUUAAAAUUCUUAUCACAUUUCAAACGCAUGUUUGUAAUAAGAUGGGGGAAGAGGAAGUUACCAUCACAAGAAGCUCCUAAACCAAAUGUUGAAUUGUUCUAUUUAAGAGCUAAUGGUAGCCCUAUUGCUACAAGAUGUAUUCAGGUAAAACCAGAUGCAUCACAGCUAAAUUCUUGCUUUUGUUUUAUACUGAUGGUGCCAUUUGACAGUGAAGAUUUGAAGGGUGUUGUAUAUGUGUGGAUAGGUGCUAAGGCAGAACAUGAAGAAGCGACUCUGGCAGAAAAGAUAGCCUAUAUGAUGUAUGCUGAUAAUUACACUGUACAGAUGAUUAAUGAGAGAGAAGAACCAGAAAACUUUUUCUGGGUAGGAAUAGGUGGCAAAAAACCAUAUGAUCAUGAUUCUUCAUUUAUGAACUGUGCAAGAUUGUUUAGAUGUUCAAAUGAGAAAGGAUAUUUUACAGUCUCAGAAAAAUGUGCAGACUUUUGUCAGGAUGAUUUGGCAGAUGAUGACGGCAUGAUAUUAGAUAAUGGUGAACAAGUUUUCCUUUGGGUUGGUAAAAAGACCAGUGAUGUAGAAAUCAAAUUAACAUUUAAAAGUGCACAGGUUUAUAUUCAGCAUCUAAGGAACAAACAACCAGACAAGCCAAGGAAGCUAUUACUUGCCAUGAAGUACAAAGAACAUAAGAAAUUUACCAAGUGUUUCCAUGGAUGGGGACUUUACAAGGAACCAAUAGAAUGACCAUAAGCUAUUGUGAUAUCUCUAUAACUGUCUUCCAUUAUACUAAUUUAUUAUCUUGCUGUUACAAUUAUGCUUGUUUGUGAUAACUUGAGAUUGUUUGAUCCAAUCCUUUUCAAAUUUUAAUAUGAUGUUUCUCGUGAGUAAACAGAAGUCAAAAUGGUUUUGGUGAUUUUCACUUUAGCUGUUCAGGAGUUUUCCUGAUAAACAGAACCAAUUUUUUUUAAUGUGAGAGCUGUUUAAGAAAUGAAUACAUAAUAAUUUUAUAAUGACCAAUUACUAAGUAAUGUGUUCAAGUCAAGAUUUGUUCUCUCAAAAUAUGAAAGGCCUCAUAAUCUAUGGAUACAAUAAAAAAAAUAACAUUGUGUGAAUGGUGCUUUAAGCAGAAAUGUAAAUAUUGCCUUUUCAAAAUUUGAAUGUGUUUUCAAAUUUAGUCCAUUUGAUAGGAUAUGUUUCAAAACAAAUUAAAGUACUUUUUUUAAUUUCAUAGGGUAUGUUUCAAGGCAGUACUUAUAGUCUUUGAUCUAGGCAAUUGCAGCUUAGUCUUUGCUUCUUUAAUUGUUAAAUGUAUGGUUUUACAUAAGUGGCAUUAUAAAUCUAUGUAAAAUUAGCAUUUUGUUUGGUAUCAAAUUUCAUUAUUAAUAUUACCCACAAAGUCUAUAACUUGUACUGAUAGAACCUCUUGAAUAUAUGUACUUGUACAAUACUGUAAAUAGGCAGUGUUGUAGAUUUCUAAAAAUGUAAACACUAAAUUUGCAUUUGCAUACAAUUUAUGUUUUUCAGUAAUAUCUGAAAACUUAUAUAAAUCUAGUAAACAAAUUCCUAGAGUCAAAUUAGGCCCCAAAAAUAUAGUUCUGUUACCUGCAUUCCAACCUACCUACUCAUUUAUGGACACUUUUAGUGAAACACUGUUAUUAAAGUCAAGGACAUUUUCCUAUAUUAGUAUAAUUAGUAUAUGUAAAAUAUUUUUCAAAAAUAAAAUUCUUUUACGUACCUACCAUAUUUUUCUGCCAAGGAGGCAGGAAACAAGUAUAUAUAUUUUGGGGCCUUAAGUUUAUAGUAGAUACCAUACUUUACACUUUUACAACAUUUGAUGGUGAAGUGCAAUACAUGAAUGUGUCAGUGUGUGUGCUUGUGUUUGAAGGAUUGUUCGUUUUACCUGUUACUAUGUUAUAUUUUGUCAUCCUUCAUUUUUCUCAUUCCAUUUUAUGAUAAAAUGGCUAAAUAAAUUAUAUAAGAUAA